AUGUCUCACUUGAAGACGCAGAUGGACUUGCUGGCUAGGCACUUGCUAUCCAGCAAGAUUGAAAUGAUUAAGGCUGUGGAUGCUCAGGGUACCAUAUCUGUAAUUGUUGAUGCUGAGGCCAACUAUAGUGGUAAGCUGUUAUCUAGCCCUUCUAUGAGCAAAGCUAUGGAAAAGGAGGUAAGUGUUGAUGAAUCAGAAGCAAGAAAUCCAGUGGAGUCCGAGAAGGUAGAUGGCUUUGUUGACAUGUCAAAGAAAGAAGACGACAAGAAAGAGGAAGUGUUCAUGGCAGUAAUAAAACGACUGACAGUAACAGUGCCAUUGAUGGAAGCACUUGAGCAAAUGCCAAGCUAUGCUAAAUUUAUGAAGGACUUGCGAAGAAAGAAGCGGAAGAAAAAGCCUGAUCCUGGAGUAUUUACUAUACUGUGCACAAUGGGUUCCAUAAAGUUUACAAGAGCUUUAUGUGACUUAGGAGAAAGUAUUAAUCUGAUGCCUUUUGAGAUCUACAAGAAUCUGGGAUUGAGGGAUCCUACCCUCACAACGAUGCAUCUUGUGAAGGUAGAAAGAUCGGUAAUGCUACCAGUGGGUGUUUUGCAUGAUGUGCCGGUAAAAGUGGACAACUUUAUUUUACCUGCAGACUUUGUGAUAUUGGAUUGCGAUGUUGAUUUUGAAGUACCCAUCAUUUUGGGUAGACCAUUAUUAUCCACUGGGAGAGUAUUGGUUGAUAUGGAUCUCACUGAGCUCAUGUUCAGAUAUGAAAAAAGGAGGCCAGAUUUAAAAUGCAACCUCCUACAAAGCAGUUGA